GUGAUACGUGGAAUGCUCAAUCCUCAUUACUCAACGGGGUAGUGUCAUAAGCCUUGUGGUAAUAUGUGCUAAUUCCUUCUAGUUUUGAACCUUACAUUUGGUAAUGUCACGCCCGAGUCAAUUGCUAUUUAUAAACUUCAUCUUAACACGAUAGUGGUCGCAGAGAAACGACAACAGCAUGUGAUUGAGACUAUUUAUAAACUCAUGUGGAUUUGUUUAUUUCAGCCACUUUGGCCCAGAACGGCAGCCUGCGCUCCACACGCACAUUUGUUUUGGUUCUCAACCACAAGCCUCCAUUGUUGUCGCAGCGUCUGUGAGAGACGCGCAAAUACACAGUGGCUAGUGAACGCGCCGGCAGUAAAGAGGAUGCCCCUCAUCAAAAUGAAUGGACCACCUCUCCUCUCAAUCAAUGCUGCAAAACACUUAAGACACCUUUUCGCCCGAUUGUCCUUGAAGUAAAGCAUCGAGGAAGAGCGGCAUGCGCUUCCUGCCCUUUAACAUCUUGCUUAGCUUUCGCUUUUACAACGCUCCAUUCAUUUGCAUACAUUGCGCUUGAACCUCAGCGUGACAACGCCGCGUUAUCAUACCUGGCACGCAAACUACUGUCAACAAUGCGCUGCUGUUCUCAACCUUUCUGCCUGCAGUUUCUCUGGUGGAAAAGUCCCGCCGUAUUUUGAAUUUGUUUAAAUGAGUAUCUCGAAAGUGAGCUUGUGUCCACGUCAGAUGUGGAGGUGAGCCCAUGGAAAAGCAGUCAUCGUCAGACGUAAAGGUCCCAGGGGAGCGAGAAGGCUUCGUGGAGGGUCGUGUCGUGCUGAGAGGGGCUCAGGGCGGGAAGGGGGUUCCACAUCCCGAAGCCCAAAGGAGGUGCAGCUCGUCCCGUUCCUCCCGCAAAAGCUUCCGCCUGGACUACCGCAUGGAGGAAGAAGUCACAAAGUCCUGUCGUGACAGACGUGGCCGUUUUAUGAAUCCGUGGUCCACGUGGCGGUUCCCCUCUUACCCCAGGCUGCUCCGCUUCUUCUUUCUGGACGAGAACCACAGCAAUAUCCCGUCUAGUAAAGAGGCCCUCGAUAAAGAGCUGCCGGUGCUGGAGCCGUACUUUGUCCGCAAGCCGGACCUCUCCCCCUCCGGUCCGGGUCUGAGGGUCACCUGGCUUGGGCACGCCUCGGUCUUGGUGGAAAUAGAUGGGUUGAACAUUCUGACGGAUCCCAUUUUCAGCCAGAGGGCGUCGGCGAUUCAGUUCGUGGGUCCCAAACGAUACAGAGGGCCCCCUUGUAGCGUGCAACAGUUGCCCCGGAUCGACGCUGUGGUCAUUAGUCAUUCGCACUACGACCACCUUGAUGCCGGAACAGUGGCUGGCCUCAACACGCGCUUUGGAGCGGAGUUACGUUGGUUUGUGCCCCUCGGCUUGAUGGACUGGCUGGCCAAGGCGGGCUGCGAGAACGUGAUAGAGUUGGACUGGUGGGAGGAGAACUGCGUCCCGACUCAUGACGACGUCGCGUUUGUAUGCACACCUUCUCAGCACUGGAGCAAACGCACCGCGUUGGACGGCAACAAGUCAUUAUGGGCCAGCUGGGCUGUUUUAGGUCCAGACCACCGGUUCUUCUUCGCUGGUGACACCGGCUACUGCUCAGUCUUCAGGGAGAUUGGGCGACGCUUCGGGCCGUUUGACCUCGCGGCGAUCCCCAUCGGCGCAUACCUGCCGAGGGAUGUGAUGAAAGGGCAACACGUGGACCCGGAGGAGGCGGUUCAGAUUCACAUGGACCUUCAGGCCAAACGCUCGUUGGCCAUCCACUGGGGAACCUUUGCUUUAGCCUGUGAGCACUAUCUGGAUCCACCGCGUCGUCUCAAGGAAGCGUUGAAGAGGAACGGCUUGGAACCCGAAUCUUUCUUCACGCUGCACCACGGAGAGUCUCGCCUCCUGAGAUCUGGCAACGGCGAGGUCUCUCCCUGACGCCUGACCGGCAUUUAGUGACGGAAAUGCAAACGCAUUAUGCUGUCUGUGGGUAGGUGGGGGGAUUGAACACCUCUCCUGUUGUUGUGGCCUGAACAUGUAACAAAAUGUCAACUUAAAGCUGAUGGCAGUUAAAGCUGAGCUGGCUUCAGCUUCACACAAAUGUUCUUCAUCAUUCCUGCUUUUCAGCCAUCUCAGAAUACAGUGACAUCCACGACGGUCUGCCAUCACUAUUUAGACUUUUACCGUGAUUUGAUUGUACUCUGAUCUGAAUGUCAUUUGCAUGCUUUCCAGUAAAUUAUUUGGUUGUGUAUGUACAAUAAACUGCUUUAACGCUG